CACAAGUAAUCUAGUACCAUAAGUUGCUGUCAUUUGAAUAUAUAUCCUCAUCGUAUAUCCCACACCGUCAAUUCUCUGUCUGUGAAAUCUGUUAGUAUUACACAUUAUGGUGAUGAAUCAUAUGAUAAAUUAUGUGCUUGAUCGGGUUGUACCACCUGCAAGUCUGGUGAUGCUAGCGUUGGCUUGGCCGACGCUUACUUUCAUCAAAUCAUGUGAGAGGGUUUACUAUCACUUCUUUGCUGAAUCUAUGGAUGACAAAGUUGUGGUUAUCACCGGCGCUUCUUCCGGAAUCGGAGAGCAAAUUGCAUAUGAAUAUGCUAAGAAGAAAGCAAAUCUUGUAUUAGUCGCACGGAGGGACCAACGACUGCAUGGGAUCAGUGAGAAUGCUAGAUUACUUGGUGCACCAGAUGUGUUAAUCAUGGCUGCAGAUGUUGUCAAAGAAGAUGAUUGUAAGAGAUUCAUCAAUGAGACGAUCAAUUAUUUUGGCCGAGUUGAUCAUCUCGUAAACACGACAAGUUUAGGGCAUACCUUCUACUUUGAGGAAGCAAAUGAUACAUCGGUUUUCCCUAUGUUGAUGGAUAUUAAUUUUUGGGGGAACGUGUAUCCUACUUAUGCGGCUAUUCCUUACCUGAGACGGACUCGAGGUCGGAUUGUAGUUAAUGCAGCAGUCGAGAACUGGUUACCUCUCCCUAGGAUGAGCUUAUAUUCCGCAGCCAAAGCUGCUCUAGUGAACUUCUACGAAACGUUGAGGUUAGAAUUGAAUGGUGACGUUGGUAUCACUAUUGCUACACACGGUUGGAUUGGUGCCGAGAUGACCCAUGGAAAAUUCAUGCUAGAAGAAGGAGCGGAGAUGCAAUGGAAGGAAGAAAGAGAAGUUGAAGCUUCAGGUAGUCCAGUGGAGGAGUUUGCAAAGUUGAUCGUAUCUGCAGCUGUGCAAGGCGACGCAAACGUGAAGUUCCCGAAAUGGUAUGAUGUGUUUCUUCUUUACAGGGUGUUCGCACCGGACAUAUUAACAUGGUCCUUCCGCCUGCUUUUAUCACCCCAAGGUACGAGGGCAACUUCUUUUAUUGGUACCGGAAAACCUGUUUCCGAAUCACCAUCCCCACCGAGAGGAAUGUACACCUCGUCACCUCGAAUUGAACUUGUUGAAUGAACAUUGUAAGUAGUUUUUAUGUACUUGUACGUUUUGAGUUUGUGUACGAUGUUUGGUUUGAAUAACUGGUGACCAAGUUGUUUGUAUUGUUUUGAAGAAUCGUAUUACAACCUUUAAAAGUA